GCGCCGGGCCCCAGACCCUUCCGUCUUCCGGAAGCGGACGCGAGGCUGGGAACGACUGGGUGGGCAGCUGAGGCAGUGGUGGGCACGGCGGGAGCGAGGAGGAGUAAAGGGGUGCGGACCUGGCUCCCGCGCCGGGGUGGAGCACCAUGGACGAAGCGGGGAGCUGUGCGAGCGGCGGAGGCUUCCGCCCGGGCGUGGACAGCCUGGACGAGCCGCCGAACAGCCGCAUCUUCUUGGUGAUCAGCAAGUACACGCCCGAGUCGGUGCUGAGGGAGCGCUUCUCGCCCUUCGGGGAGAUCCAAGACAUCUGGGUGGUGCGGGACAAGCACACCAAAGAGUCCAAGGGCAUCGCAUUCGUCAAGUUUGCCCGCAGCUCGCAGGCCUGCAGGGCCAUGGAGGAGAUGCACGGCCAGUGCCUCAGCCCCAGCGACACCAAGCCCAUCAAGGUUUUCAUUGCUCAGUCCAGAUCAUCUGGAAGUCACCGAGAUGUUGAGGAUGAAGAACUUACAAGAAUAUUUGUUAUGAUACCAAAGUCCUACACAGAAGAAGAUCUACGGGAAAAAUUUAAGGUGUAUGGAGAUAUCGAGUAUUGCAGCAUUAUUAAGAAUAAAGUAACUGGAGAAAGUAAAGGCUUGGGCUAUGUUCGAUACUUAAAACCAUCACAGGCUGCCCAAGCAAUAGAAAACUGUGAUCGAAGUUUUAGGGCAAUCUUGGCUGAACCUAAAAAUAAAGCAUCUGAAUCCUCAGAACAAGAUUAUUAUAGUAAUAUGAGGCAGGAGACUUUGGGACAUGAACCUAGAGUGAAUAUGUUUCCAUUUGAACAACAAUCUGAAUUUUCAAGUUUUGACAAGAAUGACAACAGAGGCCAGGAAGCCAUCUCCAAACGCCUGUCAGUUGUAUCAAGAGUUCCUUUCACUGAAGAGCAGCUUUUCAGCAUUUUUGAUAUAGUACCAGGGUUGGAAUACUGUGAAGUUCAACGAGAUCCGUAUUCUAAUUAUGGUCAUGGAGUGGUUCAGUAUUUUAAUGUAGCAUCUGCUAUUUAUGCAAAAUACAAGUUACAUGGAUUUCAGUAUCCUCCUGGGAAUCGGAUAGGUGUUUCCUUCAUUGAUGAUGGGAGUAAUGCAACAGAUCUCCUUAGAAAAAUGGCAACGCAGAUGGUAGCUGCACAGCUUGCAUCAAUGGUGUGGAAUAACCCAAGUCAGCAGCAAUUUCUGCAAUUUGGAGGAAGUUCUGGAUCACAGCUGCCUCAAAUCCAGACAGAUGUUGUACUUCCAUCAUGCAAAAAAAAAGCCCCUCCUGAAACUCCUGUGAAAGAAAGACUUUUUAUCGUGUUUAAUCCACAUCCUUUACCUUUAGAUGUACUAGAGGAUAUAUUCUGUCGUUUUGGUAACCUGAUCGAAGUUUACCUUGUGUCAGGAAAAAAUGUGGGGUAUGCCAAGUAUGCAGAUAGAAUAAGUGCUAAUGAUGCCAUUACUACUUUACAUGGAAAGAUCCUGAAUGGAGUCAGACUUAAAGUUAUGCUGGCAGACUCCCCAAGAGAAGAAUCUAACAAACGACAAAGAACUUACUGAUUCUUGAGAACAAAGACUAAUGACAUAAUCCUCAGCUGACUGACUGAAAAUGUGACUGGACGCACUCCUUGUGGACAGUUGACGGCUUUUUUUUUUCAUAUACCUGAUAGUCUCUGCACAACAUUGUUUUGUCUUGGGGAGCAGGGAUCGUUGACAUGUAUUUUUAAACCACACGUUAAUGCUAAAACUAAUAUAGUAGUUGUUUCUUAGAGCAAUAUGUUGUUAUGUGUGGCAGAAAUAAAGUUUUCUUUGCUUAA